GCACUGAAACACACACGUUGGACAAGCAGCGCGCGCACAGCUCCAGGACUCUCCACCACCGCCGCCUCCACCAUGAUCCGCCCGCUGCUCAUGUGCUUCGUCUUCUGCGUGGUCUCCGGGAGCAGCAAGCCCACCAAGAAGGACCGGGUUCACCACGACGAGCCGCUCAGCCCUCUGGAGCACAACGACCAGGAGAGCUUCGACUUCGACCACGAGGCCUUCCUGGGGCACGACGAGGCCGGCGCCUUCACCGAGCUGUCCCCGGAGGAGAGCAAGCGGCGACUCGGCUUCAUCGUGGAAAAAAUCGACGCCGAUGAAAAUGAUUUGGUCACGGAGGAGGAGCUGAAGGCCUGGAUCGCGCACGUUCAGAGGAAACACAUCUACGACACCGUGGAGACCCACUGGAAGGACUUCGACAAGAACGGCGACGGGCGGGUCAGCUGGGACGAGUACCGGGAUUUCACCUACAGCCACUUCCUGGAGGACCCCAAGGGAGCCAGCAGCGACGACGCCCGCAUCAUCGAGAGGGACGAGCGGCGCUUCAAGGUGGCCGACCGGAACGGGGAUCAGCUGGCCGACAAGGACGAGCUCACCGCCUUCCUCCACCCCGAGGAGUUCGGACACAUGAAGGACAUCGUGGUGCAGGAAACCAUAGAGGACAUGGACAAGAACAAAGACGGCUUCCUGAGCUUGGACGAGUACAUCGGUGACGUUUACUCGCCGGAGCUCGGGGAGGAGGAGCCGGAAUGGGUCGACCAGGAGCGCUCACAAUUCGCCGAGCACCGCGACCAGAACAAAGACGGGAAGCUGGACCAGAAGGAAGUCCUGGACUGGAUCUUCCCCGACGUGGACCACGUGGCGCUGGAGGCUCAGCACCUGAUUCAUGAGGCCGACGUCGACCAGGACGGAAAACUGACCAAGGAGGAAAUCCUGGACUCGUACUCGGUGUUCGUCGGGAGUCAGGUGACCAACUUUGGGGAGGCGCUGCGUCACGACGAGUUCUGAGCUCAACGGGGGAUUUAUUUAUUUUGUGCCUUCAAAAACACGAUGCGUCUGGGGCUUCAUCCUUUUUUUUUUUCAUUUUAAAGGUUUGUUAUUAUACAGUUUUUCCAUAAUUGCUCAAAGGUUUCAACAAAAGAGUGUCUUCCUCUGAAUCCAGCCCGGUCCGUCCUGAAGCCCCUCCAGUGACUUAUGACUGUUACCACCGUCACAUUUUAAUGUGUGUUUCUGCAGCGGCUGAGCUUCUAUUGAGGCGGGCUGGUUUUACGCUGCGUUCGGGCCGGAAACCGCAAGUCAGAUCUGGCAACCCCAGAGAACAUCCAGUUCAAUCGCACCGGUUUAAACCAGAAUCUGUCCCCAGAGGUGGAGCAAGCGAUGGAGACAACAGACCUUCUUCACACACAGGCUGUGGAGACAUUAUCAGCUGAGUUCUGAGUGAUAUGGGAUCUUUCAGUGUUUGAUAUGUUUUCAUUUUCCUCUCCAGUUUGCUACUUUGGUCCUGUGUGAACUGUCUGGGUCUCUUGCGUUUUAUUUUCAGGUCUCGUUUGGUACUUUUAUCCUGGUGUCACGCUAUCAUUUCCUUAAAGCAGCCUUAAGUCUCACUAGCGUGUGGAGUCCCAGCAGGUGCAGGACGUGUUACUGCCUCUUUGUCUUCCAGAACAGCGGGGUUUCGUAUUUUGAACUGUUACAAGUGGUUUGUUAAUAAAAACAUUCAAAGUGUA